AUGAGACUUCUUCAUUUGCUUAGACCUGCACUUUCUAUCAUUCCAGAAGUACAAGAGCCAAGAUUUCCUCAACCAUUGAAGGUCAAAGUGCUCAUUACAGGAAUUACUCUCUUUAUCUAUUUGAUUUGUUGCUAAAUACCAUUAUAUGGUGUGUAUCGUACUUCAGGUAUAUUUUAAAAUAAAUAUGUUAGGAUCUGAUCCUUUCUAUUGGAUGAGAGUAAUCUUGGCUUCUAAUAAAGGUACAUUGAUGGAAUUGGGUAUUUCACCAAUUGUAACAUCUGGAAUGAUUUUAUAAUUCCUUAGUGGAGUUGGAUUUAUUGAAGUUAAUCAUUCUGUUAGAGAAGAUAAGGUAUUAUUCAAUGCAGCAUAAAAAUGUAAUUCUGAUAUCAAUUUUUAGUAUUAUCUUUUAUUAUGGCAAUUGCAGAAGGAAUGGCCUACAUAUGGUCUGGUGCAUAUGGUGACAUAAAUCAAAUUGGAGCAGGCAAUGCUAUUCUCAUUUUGUUAUAAUUAACAUUUGCUGGUGUUGUUGUUACAAUGUUAGAUGAAAUGCUUUAAAAAGGAUAUGGUAUAAUAUAAAAAUUUAAAUCUUUUAGGUUUGGGCUCAGGUAUUUCAUUGUUUAUUGCAACAAAUGUAAGUGAAAACAUACUUUGGAAAUCAUUUUCACCAAUUACAUUGUCUACUGAAGCCGGUACUCAAUUUGAAGGUGCGAUUAUUAAUUUCUUCCAUUUGAUAUUCACUAAAUAAAAUACACGUAUAUUUUAAUCUAAUACUUUUAGUUUAAGCACUUUAUUAUGCAUUCUUUAGAGAAUCAGCUCCAAAUCUUAAUAAUUUAUUAGCCACUUUAUUUGUGAUCGCAUUGGUCAUAUACUUAUAAGGUUUCAGGGUUGAAGUUCCAUUAGCAAGUUAAAAAAUUAGAGGAUUAGUGUCAUCUCAUGGAAUUAAAUUGUUUUAUACCUCAAAUAUUCCAAUGAUUAUUCAAAGUACCCUUGUUUAAAAUGUUUAUUUCCUUUCAUAAUUACUUUAUAGAAGAUUCAAAACCAAUUUCUUUGUUAAAUUACUAGGUACAUGGUAAGAGGCAGAAUUUGGUGGUUAAUCAGUACCUAUUGGAGGAUUAGCUUAUUAUAUGUCACCAUUAAGAGAUGUUAAGGAUAUUAUUAAUGAUCCAAUUCAUGCAAUUGUUUAUCUAUUAUUUGUUGUUUUUAUGUGUGGUUUCUUUGCUAAAUUUUGGAUUCAAAUUUCAGGAGAAAGUGCUAAAGAUGUUGCUAGAAAGUUUAAAGAUGAAUAAGUAUAACUAAUAGAUUAUCCAAGAUUAAAAUUAAAGGUUUGAGAGAAGAAUCUAUGGUCAAAUAUUUAUCUGGUUACAUUCCAGUUGCAGCCUUUUGUGGAGGAGUUUGCAUAGGAUUAUUGACUAUUGUUGCUGAUAUUUUAGGAGCAAUUGGAUCAGGUAAUUUUAAUUAUUAAAAUUUUAGGAACUGGAAUCUUAUUGGCAGUAACCAUUAUUUAUGGGUAUUUUGAAACUUUUCAUAAGGAAAAAUAUGAUAAUUAAUCCAUAUUUUGAUC